AUGUCUGAUUCAUCCAAAUCAGUACUAAGUAAUAAAGAAUUUGCAUUUCCAAGAGGUGGUUCGAAGCCAUUAAGUGCUUUGGAAGUCAAAGAGAUUUCCAAUGAAGCCAUCAAGGAUGUAUUAUUUGAACAAGCUGAAACAAAUAAAAGAUCUGGUUCAAGUAAAUCAGAACAACCAAAAAAGAAACAAAGAAAACAAUCUUCUAAGAAAAAAUCUACUAAAGGUGAUCAAGAUGUUGAUGAUGCCGAUGAUAAAAAAUCUGUUUCUAUUGAAAAUUUCAAUUUUAAGAAUAUUGGUCAUGGAACUUUGAUAUUGGGACAGAUCAAAGCCAUUAAUAAACUUGAUAUUACUUUAGCAUUGGGUGAUAACUUGGUGGGAUAUAUUCCAAUUACUUCUAUUAGUGCCCAAAUCACCAAACUACUUGAAGAAUUUGACCAUGAAUCAUCUGAAGAAGAAGACGAGGAAGAAGAAAAAGAAGAAGAUGAUGAUGGAGAAACUGUCGCUACAGUCAAGUUCAAGACUGAAAAGGAAUUCCCAGAAUUAAGUUCAAUUUUCAAAAUCGGAUCUUGGUUAAAAGCGAAAGUAUCCAGUUCUAAUGAAGACAUCAAAACUAAAAAGAGAAUACAAUUGACUGUUGAACCAGAAUUUGUUAAUGAAAGCUUGGAAACUGAUGAUUUGAUUAUCAAUAAUAUUUUACAAUGUUCUGUUAAAUCAGUUGAAGAUCAUGGUAUUAUUUUGGAUACUGGUAAAUCAGAAUACUCUGGAUUUAUAAGCAACAAAGAAUUGAGCAAUGCUAAUUUGGAAGUUGAUUCAAUCAAGCCAGGCUUAGUUAUCUUGUGUGCCAUUUCAUCCAAAGUUUCUGGAAGAACAAUCAAUUUGAAACCAACCAGUAGUGUAUCUAUUAAAAAAGGUGCUGUUACUACAAUUUCAUCAAUCGACUCUAUUCAAGCUGGUGUUGUCGUUGAUGCAUUGAUUAAUGAAAUUACUGAUAACGGGUUAAUUACCAAAGUCUAUGGUUUGGUUGAUGGUACAAUCGCAUUAUCUCAAAUUCACAACUUUGAUAUUAAAGAUUUAAAACAUAAAUACGCCAUUGGUACCAAUGUUAAGGCUAGAGUUUUGGCUGUUCUAUCAAAGAAUGGAACCAAAAAAUUGAUCUUGUCGAUAUUACCACAUGUCUUACAAUUGGGUAACCAUUCUGCUGAAGAAAAGGCUCUAGAAGCAUUCCCAGUGGGUCAUGUAUUUGAUAAAGUAAAAGUUAUUGGUAAUGAUACCAAUUACUUGUAUGUUGAAUUUGGUUCAUCAACUAUGAUUGGUCAAGUGCACAAUUCUAAAAUUGAUGAUGAUAAAACAUUACUAGAUUAUACUGUUGGAUCAACACACAAAUCAAGAGUUGUUGGUUUCAAUGCAGUCGACAACUUGCUCAUUUUGACAUUUGAAUCUAAGAUUAUCGAAGCCAAAUAUUUGAAAGCACAAGAUAUUCCUAUUGGCACAUUACUCUCCAAUGUUGAAAUUUUGAAAGUUUUGGAAGGUGGUGCCGGUAUCAAUGUUAAAGUUUUUGAUGACUUUAAAGGAUUUGUUCCAAGCAACCAAAUGUCUGACAUCAAGCUUGUUUAUCCAGAAAGAAAAUUUAGAGUUGGUUCCAAAGUCAAGGGUAGAUUAUUGGACAUCAAGGGUAAACGUAUAUAUAUCACUUUGAGAAAGUCUUUGGUAAAUUUGGAAGAUGAUGAAAUUUUGUCUCGUUUUGAUCAAGCUGAAAUUGGAUUCAAAACCAAUGCCAUUGUUGAAAAGUUUGUUCCUAAUGGUUGUAUUGUUAAAUUCUUUGGCAAUUUGAGAGCUUUCUUGCCAAAAACUGAAAUUUCUGAAACUUUUGUUGAUAAUGCUAGUAACUAUUUGAAAUUAGGACAAAUUGUUAAAGUCAGAGUUUUGGACAUCAACAAAGAUGAAGAAAGACUAAUUGUUACUUUGAAACAAUCAAGUGAACUUUCUAAUGCACAAAAGAAUGAAAUUAGUAAAUUAGAAUCCGGUAAAUCAGUUGUUAACGCUGUCAUCGUCGAAAAGACUAAGGAUUCCAUUUUAGUUGAAUUGGAAGAAUCAAACUUGAGAGGUGUUGUUGCUGACGGUCAACUAUCUGAUGGUAAUUACGAACAAAACAGAUCUCUUGCCAAGAAAUUGAAGGUCGGCGAAAAGUUAGAAGUAUUAAUUUUAGACAAAGACUUGAAAGCAAGAACCGUUAUUGCAACUGCUAAACCAUCUUUAAUUGAAGCUGCUAAAGGUAAAAGUUUCCCAACUGAUUUCAAUGAUAUUCAAAUCAAUAAAGUUGUAAAAGGUUAUAUCAAAUCUGUCACCAACUUGGGUUUAUUUGUCACUUUUACUGGUAGAUUAACCGGUUUGGUUUUGGCUAAAUAUGUUACCAAGAAUGGCAAGGAAGAUUUGACCAAGAAAUUUUACAAAUACCAAUCUGUUACUUGUCGUGUCAUUAGUAUUGAUCAAGAAAAUGAAAGAUUCUUGUUAACUUUGGGAUCAGGUGGUGCCAACGGUAAUGAAGAUGAAGAGUUGGUCAAUCCAGUCGAUAAGUCAAAGAAGAUUGUAGCUGAUUACACUCCAGGUGUUUCUACCAAAGCUUUAAUCAAAGCCAUCAAGGGUACUCAAUUGAAUGUCCAAUUAGCUGAUAAUCUUCAAGGUAGAGUUGACAUCACUCAAUGUUUCAAUUCCAUCAAGGAUAUCAAGAAUGAACAACAGCCACUAGCUGCUAAUUUCAAUAAAGGUGACUUGCUUGAUGUUAAAGUUAUUGGUACUCAUGAUGCCAAAAAUCACACCUUUUUGCCAAUCACUCAUCGUAAAUCUAAUAGAACCACUAUUUUGGAAUUAUCAUUGAACGAUCAUAAAGUUAAUAACAAGCCCUUGAGUGAAUUGAAACUCGAGGAUGUUAAAGUUGGAGAUAAAUUAUUAGGUUUCGUCAAUAAUAUUGCUAAAGGUUUAGUUUGGGUUUCUAUUUCUCCAUCUCUUAAAGGUAGAGUUUCCUUCCUUGAUUUGACUAAUGAUGGAUCUAUUUUCCAAGACAUUGACAAUAAAUUACCAAUUGGAAGCGCUAUCAAAGUCACUGUUAAACAAGUUGAUUUGGAACACAAGACAUUAUCAUUAACAACUAGAGACAAAUUUGUUGAAAAAUUUGACGAUGUUGUCAAGGGAGAAACAUAUCCUGCUAGAGUUCUUAAGAUCAAACCAAACCAUGUUUUAGUGGAAUUGGGUCCUGAUGUUAUUGCUUCAUCAUUUAUUACUGAUGCUUUGGAAAAUUAUUCUGAUAAAUUAGAUCAUGUUUAUGAACAAAACGAUUAUGUUUCCGCUAGAGUAUUGGAUAUUGAUGAAGAUAACAAACGUAUUUCUGUUUCUUUAAGAGAUGACGCAGAGGCUGCAGAUAAAGUUAUUAACUCUGUUUCUGAUUUGGAACGUGGUCAUGUUAUCAAAGGUUUUAUUAAGAAUAUUGCUAAUAAUGGUGUUUACGUUUCCUUGGGUAGAUCAAUUCAUGCUUUGGUUAGAGUUUCUGAUUUAUCUGAUUCCUAUUUGAAAGACUGGAAGAAAUUCUUCAAACCAAACCAAAUGGUUAUUGGUAAAAUUGUUAAUUGUAAAGAAGAAGGUAGAGUUUUGAUGACUUUGAAAGAAAGUGAAGUUAAUGGUGAAUUGAAAUUAAUGAAAAGUUUUGAUGAUUUAUCUGUUGGCGAUAUUUUCGAAGGUACUGUUACUUCGACCACUGAUUUCGGUGUGUUUGUUAAAUUGGAUGGUACUGUUAAUGUCAGUGGGUUAUGUCAUCAUUCAGAAAUUUCAGAAAACGAUGUUGAAAAUGUUAAAAUGUUAUUUGGAGAUGGUGAUAGAGUUAAAGUCAAGAUCUUGAAGAUUGAUUCAGAAAAGAAGCAAUUGUCAUUGGGUAUGAAAGCAUCUUAUUUUGCCGAAGAUGGCGACAACCAUGGUGUUGACCAAGAAGAAUCCGAUGACGACGACGACCAAGAAGAAGAGCAAGACAUUGAAAUGGAAGAUGCAGAAGAUAAAGAAGAUUCUGAAGACGAAGAAGAUGAUAUUAUGGAUGUUGACCAAGAAGAAUCUGACAACGAAGAUGAAUCUGAUGCAGAAGAUGACGACGAAGAAGAAUCUGAUAACAAGUCUUUGUCUACUGGUUUAUCAACCAAUGGGUUUGAUUGGACUGCAUCUAUUUUAGAUCAAGCUGAAAAUGAUGAUGAUUCAUCAGACGAUGAUGAUGACGAAGCCGACUUUGGUGGUAAAUCUAAGAAGAAAGCCAACAAAAAGAAGAAAUCACAAGUUACAGUUGAAGAUAAGACUGGUGAUUUGAAUACCAGAGCCCCACAAUCUGUUAGUGAUUUUGAAAGAUUAUUGAUUGGAAAUCCAAACUCUUCUAUUUUAUGGAUGAACUACAUGUCAUUCCAAUUACAAUUGAGUGAAAUUGAAAAAGCCCGUGAAAUUGGUCAAAGAGCUUUGAAAACUAUUAACUAUCGUGAAGAACAAGAGAAAUUAAACAUCUGGAUUGCCAUGUUGAAUUUAGAAAAUACAUUUGGUACAGAUGAAACAUUGGAGGACGUUUUCAAGAAGGCUGUUCAAUAUAUGGAUGCAUUUGUUAUUCAUCAAAAAUUGGUUAAUAUUUAUAUCAUUUCUGAGAAAUUCGAUCAAGCCAUUGAAUUAUUUAAAGUAAUGACAAAGAAAUUUGGUAAGAACAUUAGUACAUGGGUUAUGUAUGGAUCUUUCUUGUUGGAUCAAAAAUUGAAUGAUGAAGUCCAUGAAGUUUUAAGCAAAGCCUUGAGUAUAUUACCAAAGAGAGAUCAUAUUGAAUUAGUCAAGAAAUUUGCCCAAUUGGAAUUCCAAAAGGGAGAUCCAGAACAAGGUAGAUCAUUAUUUGAAGGUUUAAUUGCUGAUGCACCAAAGAGAAUUGAUUUGUGGAAUAUUUACAUUGAUCAAGAAAUCAAACAAGAUAAAGAAGAAGAUGAAAGUAGUAAAGGUAAAGUUGAAGAAUUGUUUGAAAGAGUGUUAACUAAAAAAAUUACUAGAAAACAAGCCAAAUUCUUCUUUAAUAAAUGGUUGAAUUUUGAAGAAGACAAAGAAGAUGAAAGCAUGAUUGCUAGAGUCAAGGCUAAAGCAGCCGAAUAUGUUCAAAACAAUAGUUAA